AUGUUUAAUUGUGUAGACGCAAUGUUUUCAUUUAAAACUAAUAGCUUUGAAGUUUCUCAAAUAAAAAAUAUCAAUUCAAAUAACAAUUAAAUUUAGUUCCUUUCUAUGAAUCAAUAAAACAGUGUAGGAUAUGCUCUUAUUUCUAAAGCAAAAUUUAUGAAUUCUUCUAUUUUUAACAGUAAUCCCUUAAUCCUUUUAAAUUAACUGUCUAAUGUCGAAUUAAAGAAUGUACUAAUAAAAUAUGUAGUUAAUAUAAAUAGUUAACAUAUUUCUAUACUUACGAUAUAAAAUUGCAAUUUAGUUACUAUUUCCGAGAGUCAUUUUACAAACAACACAAAUAGUAAUGGUCCAGGAGGUGUUAUUUAUGUUUUUGAUAGCAUGUGGAUAAUAAUAUAAAAUUCAAUUUUUUGGCUUAAUACUUGUAAGUUAUAAAAUGGUGGAGCUAUUUAUAUGAUUAACACUAUUAAACAAGGAGUUUUGUAAAUAAACUAAACUUAGCUAAUAGAAAAUAAAUCAGUUUAUUCUUCUGGUGGUUCUAUUUAUCUCUAAAAUAAUAACAUGAUCAUGUAAAAUUCAGUCAUAGCUUCAAAUUAAGCAUAAAUUGGAGGAGGAAUAUAUUAUGAUCAGGUUAUGCCAGAUUUUUUAAUAGUUCUGUAAUAAGGCAAUAAAAAUAAUAAUACUUUUAAAGACAAUCUAGCAUUUAUUUAUGGAUAGAAUUUUGGUUCUACUUUAAGGAAAGUAUUUAUUAAUUUAGAAAACAUAAAAAUUCCUAAAGAUAGUUUAAAGUUAUAUGAAAAUAAUGUUAUAUUUAUCAAAUAAAUUAAAAGUGGAGAUUAAAUAAAUUUUGAACAAAUAUAAUUGCUUGAUGAAGAAAAUAAUCCAAUGAAAUCUAUAGAUGUUAACUCAACUGAUUUUUAAUUAUUAAGUAGUGAUGUUUAAUCUUUAGUGCAAUAAAUAAGUGUUUCUGUAUAAUGGAAUUAAGAAAAUAAAGAAAUUCAAUGCAUUGGAUAACUUUAAACAAAAUAAUUUACAAAUGGAGGUUUUAACUUAGAUGUUCAGAUUUUUUACAAACCUAUUUCUGAGUUGGUACUAAAAAUAGUGAGCAAUUCCUUUCCUUCACUGAAAGAUUCAAAUGGGAAUAUUGUGGUAAAUUCAGGUUAAAUAGAAUUAAUAUUGAAUAUAGAAUUAGAGUAGUGUUCAAUAGGAUAAGUAUUUAAAUAAUAUGGUAACUCAAUAGCAUGUGAAUCUUGCCCUGAUGGUAAAUAUUCUUUAAGUUUAAAUGAUCAAGAGUGUAGAGAAUGCCCAGACUCAGCUGCCAAAUGUAUAGGUUCUAAUAUCUAAUUAAAAGACGGAUAUUGGAGAGAAGAUGAAAGUACUGACAAUAUUAUCUACUGCAGUUUUAACCCUCUAUCAUGCUAACCAUAACUUUUUUCUUCUAAAUUUUACUGUAUUGAAGGACAUAAAGGUCCUCUGUGCUAUUAGUGCGAUUCAUAUGGUGAUAUUUGGGGAAAUAGAUAUUCAGAAAUUUAUAAUCAUGGAGGAGAAUGCUAUAAAUGCGAAGAAAAUAUUGAUAAAAUUGUACUUUACAAUUUACUAGUAUACUUAAUGAUUUCUCUUUACAUAAUUAUAAUCCUAAGAAGAAUUAUAAUGCAACUAGAAGUUAAAGUUAAAGGAUAUUAUUUAAAUAAAUUAGAAAUUAUUUAUUUAGGAUCAACAUUAUGCUCAUUUGCUACAAAAUUGCCUGUUUUUUUUACUGUUCCUAUUUAAAUAUCAGGAAAUUCAGUUAGCGUGGUUAGUAAAUCUAUUGAUUGUGUUUUUUCUAAAUACCCAAAUUUAAAACCUUUAUGGUAUUUAUAAACUGCAGCUAUUUUUAUUUAUUUUUACUUUUACCCUAUGAUAAUUACUCUUGCUAUUAGAUCUAUUAAUUGUAUAACUAUAGGAGAUAAAAAAUAUUUAGAUCUAGAUUUUGGAAUUGAAUGCUAUGAUAAACAUUAGCAUAAGCCCAAAACAACUAAUUAAAGGCUGCUAUUACGAAUCUUUGUUUGA